AUGGCAUGGGAAUGUGGUUCGACAACUGGUCGAGUUGUAGCCGGUGGAAACGGACAAGGAAACCGUGCUGAUCAAUUGAACUAUCCACGAGAUGUGAUUGUCGAUCGAGCAAGAGAUUCUCUCAUCAUUUGUGAUAAUCAAAACAAAAGAGUAGUUCGAUGGCCUCGAAAAAAUAGUACAAGUGGAGAGACGAUCAUCACUAAUGUGGAAUGUUGGGGCUUGACCAUGGACGACAACGGAUUUCUCUAUGUUGUUGAUUAUGAUAAACAUGAGGUGAGACGAUAUGGAAUCGAAGACACUCAAGGAGCAGUGGUAGCGGGUGGAAACGGACAGGGCAAUCAUCUCGAUCAGUUGAACAAUCCAAGAUACGUCUUUGUCAACCGAGAUCAUACCGUGUAUGUAUCGGAUUUGAGCAAUCAUCGUGUGAUGAAGUGGAUGGAAGGUGCAAAACAAGGGAUUGUUGUAGCUGGUGGUCAAGGUCAAGGAAGUGCUCUCACACAGUUAUCAUAUCCUGAUGGAAUGGUUGUUGAUGAGUCAGGUACUGUGUAUGUCUCUGAUUGCGGUAAUUGUCGAAUCAUGCGUUGGCCUGAAGGCACUACACAAGGAAGUAUCAUCGCUGGUGGAAAUGGUCUAGGAGAUCAAGCCAAUCAACUCAAUCUUCCCACCGGUUUGUCGUCUGAUCGACAGGGUAAUCUCUAUGUGAGUGAUCAUCAUAAUCAUCGAGUACAGAAGUUCAACAUCGAUCAAAGUGAAUGA